AUGGCGUUCAAGAAGCGGCGCAUCUUCGACUUGCGCCACGUUCAGGCCCAACAGAUGGCCACCAACGCCAGUCGCAGACGCAGUCAUCCCACCCACAACCAAUCACACAAUCCCAUCCAUUCCCAACAUCGUUUUCGCCAAAUCGGGGAAUGGUUCACCGAGAACAUGCGCAACUACUGCGAGACCACUUCGCUCCACGGAUUCAAUUACAUCACCCGACAGGACAUCAGUCGCAACGAGCGAUGGUUCUGGCUGGUGGUUGUGAUCCUGGCCAUCAUUACCUCUAUUGUGCUGGUGGUGGUGUCCUGGUACUGGAGCCAGGAAACCCCAACGGUGACCGUUAUCGAAAGCUCGCACUUUCCCACCUGGAACAUUCCGUUUCCCGCCGUCACCAUAUGCAACUUCAAUAAGAUAUCGAGGAGCAAGGCACUUACCUUGCUGGACCAAAUGCAAGUUCCGGCUGGAGUCAACAGAUCCGAGCUGCACAACCUCUUCAAUCUGACACUUUUGCCCGUGGAUUCCAUGAUUAGCAAUGAUUCGCUGCAGAUCUACGAUCGGAUUUUGAGCCUCAACAACCUUACGCUCACAAGACUCACCCAGCAACUGUCGCCGGACUGCAUCGAGAUGAUCUCCAGCUGCAUUUGGAAGGGCAUCAAUACGCGAUGCGACAGUCUCUUCCAACGCAUAGAUACCAUGGAGGGCCAGUGCUGUACUUUCAACUACUUCGGCGGUAUCAGCAACAAUUUUCCAGAGAAAAUUGCGUACCAGGUGCCAAAGCGGCCAUAUCGCGUUACGGGUUGCGGCUAUCCCACGGGUCUCUCGGUUCUGCUGAACCCCAUGAUAUCGGACUACUAUGGAACCUUCUUCAGUGGCUAUGGCUUCCGCUUGCUCCUCCACGACGCCUAUAACUUUCCGGAUGAGAACUCGGAGACCAAGGUGGUCACCACCACGAGGGAGAGCUUUGUGAGAAUAAAUCCGGAGUCCACCUACGCCACCAACGAUAUUCGCCGCAUGGAUCUCUCGCUGAGGAACUGCCUCUUUGGCAGCGAGCGGACGAUGCACGGCCUCAGGCGCUACUCCUUCAUCAACUGCAUGUUCGAGUGCCGGGUCCGGAUGACCGUGGACCACUGUGGUUGUCUACCGCCGUACGUUUACAACAACGGCAGCUACCAAGUUUGCGGUGUGCUGCAAACCAACUGCAUGAUUCGAAGCAAAAGAAUCUUUUCCCAUGCCCUGGCCAAUUUGAACUUUUCGCUCUCAAUUAUCCGGAAGACGGAUAGCUUUCCCUGCGGAUGUCUGCAGGACUGCCAGUCGAAUCAUUAUGUUUCCGAGAGUACUACGGGCCGACUGGACAUAAGCUACUUUGCCAACCGGCCAACUUUUAACAAUUCCACAGAUAUGAUACUGCUCCAUGUGUUCUUCAGCGACCUAAUGAGCACCAGAUAUCGAACGGACAUCUUUCAGAACUGGCUGUCCGCCUUGGCUUCAUUUGGCGGCUUGCUGGGACUAAUUAUGGGAUUCAGCAUAGUGACGGCAUUCGAGUUCAUUUACUUCCUUACCUUUAGGCCAGUUUUCAACUACAUCAACCGGGCGGACUAGAGUGCCAGCUCCCAGCCAUCUUCGCACACCCCAUUGCACUCCACUUGACACGCUUUCAUUAGAGCUCUGAUUUCUGAUUGAUGAGCAGCAACUAGCACUAUAAAUCGUCUGCACUCGAGCACUCUUCAAACACAAUGGCUCGAGUGGAGGAGUCCCACUAUCGGCGCUUGUUCCGAGAGUUUCUGCGCCAGAGUUACAUCAAUGGCCUGCAUCCGUUCCUCUAUCAUUCACCCGUCCGAUAUGCCAAGUGAGUUAAAAGCGCUACUAUAGACAUACGGCCCCAGUGAAGAGGUUGGGUAAAUGUGCUUUGAAUUUCCAUUACUCUGUAUAUCUCUGUAUUCGAAACAACCGUCGUGGACUGAGAUAAACUGAACAAACUGAGCAAAUGUGUAUUUAAUUUCUAUCUGGUGGAUACCUCUUUAGGGAAUGUAUCUUCUUAUUUAAGAAUAUCCUGAGCUACCUAUCUCCCACUUGCAGAGCUGUCUGGCUGGCUCUGCUCACCGCCAUUGUGAUAUACACCCACAUCGUGAUCGCUGACCUCAUCCUGGAGUACCUGGUGCAGCCCACCGAGAUCCACAUGGCCCCCGACCUGGUGCAUGUGGCCAACAGCCCCUUUCCGGCGGUUGGAGUGUGCACCUCCAACAAAAUCAGUGGACGCCUACUACGUGGUUAUGCCGAAAAGCUGUGAGUACUUUAUUAGAGUCGCUUAGUCGAAGUAGCCCAGGCUCUUGACCUCGGUGACCAUGGCCAAGAUGGAGUCAAGCAGCUCUUCGCUGGCGGGAACGAU